AGGAUCGAAAGUGCUCCCGAAUACGUGCAAUUGCCGUGACAGUUUCUUGGCUGCCGACUUUCUUCCCAUCUUGGUUUGCGGUCUCUGUCAAAAUUAAAAAUCGCCUCUUCGCGUGAAGAAGAAGUAAUGAAGAAAUGGAAUCGCACGUUGGAAAUGUGAACAAUACUAUAAACAUUGCGUCCACGGAAGUGUACACACCCACGGAGGUAGCCCUCAGCGUCGAAGAGGAGGACGCGAUCGUCACGUUAGUGGUUGUUGUAAUCGGCAUCAUUAUCGCUAUGAUAGUGCUGUUCUCGAUGGGCAUCUUUAUAGACUGCAAACACCAAAAGAAGGACUCUCCGAAGAGGAGGAAGCUAAGGCUGAAAAUGCCGCCACUGGCAAGCAGAAGCCGGAAAGACGACGUGAAAUCAUUGGCUUCGAACAUGUGUCCUAACGGUGUCAAUGAUACCGGCUUUAGAGAAGGAGACGAGAUAGUCUGAUGUCCGGAGAGAAAUCGCGGAGAGUCCGCGUUUCGCGAGGACUCGGUGAGAAGUUUUCUGAGAAAUACUGAUUUUACAGCAAUGAGAGUAACAGCUAGCGAUUCGAUGCUGAUUAAUGUGCGCGAUAAGUAUGCUGGAAUACUUCUCAGUCGUGGUCCUCAUAGAUCGAUUUAUUAUUUAUUAAAGAUAUUAUGAGUUGAUAUAGCAUUUACUUUGUACGGAAGUAUUUCCAGUUGCACCGCUUUUAUGAGGUUUACAUGCGAGAAUUUUUAUGCUAAACACAACUGUGAUCUGAAAAUCAUUAAUAGUUAUACUAAUUUUUACUUAUUUGUUAAUUGUUAAUGAGGAUAAUAGUCACAGUAGUCAAUCACGAAUGCAAAAUGUUUUCAAAUGUGCAAUUGUGCGUCUUGUUACAGCGCAUAUAAAUAAGACGAGCAACGAUACGAAAAGAAAAUAUAGAGACAGGUGGUAUCAUAUGUACACUCAUAAAUAAUCACGUCCAAAAAUGUAUGUGUGCGUAUUUAAGGCUGGUGUGAGCGUGUAUAGACACAAGUGUGCCUUACUGUUAAAUUUCGAUUCAUGUAUCAUGUUAGAAAGUAUGAAAUGCAAGUAAUAUCUUGAUCUUUUAAGAGUGUUCCAUAUUUAUUGAGCUCUCUUGAGAGAAAUCUUCGUCAUAAUCGUCGUAAUUGCGGAGAUUACAAUUUUCUAGAUAAAGCAUUUUAAAGCAUGUGUGCAUCCUGAAGUUUUAUUCAUUUGUGAAUCAAUUUAGUGAAAUUUAUAGAUAUUCCAAAGAAGUUUUUAAAUUAAAGUCACAGCAAAUUUAGUAUUCUGCGAAUGUUAAGUUGUGUUAAAUAAGAUCCUUUAAUUUGUUGCAUUUUUGUGAACAAAUGUCUAUUUAUAUCCUGCGUAUGUAUAAUAUAAUUAUGAUUAAUAUGAUCGAAAUAUGAAAUUAAAAUUUCUUUAUAUUUGAAA